AUGACAAGGGGGCAGAAGUUGCCUGAAAAUGUUCGCAAGGUGGGGACCGCAGUCCAUUUUGAGAGCAAUGAACUGGACGAAAUCAGAAAGAAGAUUCAGGCAACAAAACGUCAUCAUUCUCUUUUGAUCUCUCAUGCCAUAUCGACAUUGUUCCAUUUGAUAUCGUCAAUUCUACUCUACCUCUCUUGGCAUUCAGCCAAUUUGACUUGCGGAGAGACGUCGGUCUUUCUAACCAAUUUACAAGUCGUACUCGUUGCUAUCUACGGAGUCACUACCAUUAUCAAGAUACUAAUUUUGAUCAAGCAUUUCUUGCAUAUACGAAUCGCCGCCAAGUACAUCACAGUGAUAACCACAAUCAUAGCAGGAAAGCAAUUUAUACUAGCUAUAAUUUCUGAAGUAUUUCUGGAAGCUUCAACUAUGGUACCGAGUAGUGGAUGCUCUGAAAUUAGAGGAACGCUACCCGUGAUAGCAUGUCGAAUAUUCUACCUUCUUUCGAUAGUGAUCAAUGCAUUCUUUUUCGCCAUGUCAGCGAAAAUGCAUCCUGCUGAGAAUUAG